CCAACGGUCUCCAUCUUUGACUCUCUCCCUACAAUCAAAAUGCUUCUUUCUAACUUUUGUUUUUCUGUACAAAAUUACAAAUCAAAGAACCCUAACAUAAAACCCUUUCAAAUCUUAAUGAAAAUGUUGAUUCAUUCUUUUGAUUAAUUUUAUAGGAAUAGUAAUUACGGAAAUAAACACAGAAGAAUAGUUUUAAAAAAUAUAAAUAUAUCAUGAUUGAAACGGCGGCGGUUGUGGCGUAUUUCGUGCCGUCCUGGUGGGAGAUCAAAGUGGCGGUGGCGGCGUCGUUGUUCGUGAUCGUUUCUUAUUGGUUUUUUACAUUCCAAGGAGGAGAUGGCGGUGGCGGUGAUCGAUCGCAGAUUCUGGAAAAUUCUGUUGAUGGAAUUCUUGACGACAAAGACAAGAUGGUCCAGUUGAAAGGAGAUCUUCAGACCAAUUCUGCAUAUCUAAUCAAGGUGGAAUUGUUGGCUGCUAAGAAUCUCAUUGGUGCAAACUUGAAUGGCACGUCUGAUCCUUAUGCUAUCAUCACUUGUGGUUCUGAAAAGAGAUUCAGUUCAAUGGUCCCUGGUUCAAGAAACCCCAUGUGGGGAGAGGAGUUCAAUUUCUCUGUAGACGAGCUUCCUGUCCAGAUAAAUGUAACAAUAUAUGACUGGGAUAUUAUUUGGAAGAGUGCAGUUCUUGGUUCUGUAACUGUUCCAGUUGAAUGUGAAGGUCAAAGUACCGCAGUAUGGCAUAAGUUAGAUAGCCCAUCUGGACAGGUUUGUCUACAUAUUAAAACAAUAAAACUCCCCGUGAAUUCUUCCAGGGGUAUAAAUGGAUUUGCUGGAGCUAAUACUCGAAGAAGGAUUAUAGAUAAGCAAGGGCCUACGGUGGUUCAUCAAAAGCCAGGGCCUUUACAGACGAUAUUUAGCCUCCUUCCAGAUGAGGUUGUAGAGCAUAGUUAUUCAUGCGCACUUGAAAGGUCAUUCUUGUACCAUGGUCGUAUGUAUGUCUCUGCAUGGCACAUUUGUUUCCAUUCUAACGUGUUCUCCAAGCAAAUGAAGGUGGUAGUACCAUUUGGGGAUAUAGAUGAGAUUCGUAGGAGUCAGCAUGCAUUCAUUAAUCCUGCAAUAACAAUUAUUCUUCGGAUGGGUGCUGGUGGGCAUGGUGUACCUCCAUUAGGGAGCCCUGAUGGUAGAGUCAGGUAUAAAUUUGCAUCAUUUUGGAACAGGAACCAUGCAUUAAGAGCAUUACAGCGUGCAGCCAACAACUACCAUGCAAUGCUGGAAGCUGAGAAAAAGGAGAGAGCAGAAUCAGCAUUGCGUGCACACAGUAGCUCUAUUAGAGGUAGUAAAGGGCAAGCUAGGGCUCCCGAAGAUAAUGCAUCUAAAACUGAAAAAGUACAAGCUUUUAUCAAAGAAGAGGCUCUUUCUGGUAUCCACAAUGAUGUAUUUCCUUGCACAGCUGAGCAGUUCUUUAAUUUAUUAUUGGGUGAUGACUCUAGUUUCACAAACGAGUAUCGUUCAGCCCGAAAGGAUACAAAUCUUAAUAUGGGACAGUGGCAUGCUGCAGAUGAAUAUGAUGGUCAAGUGAGAGAGAUUACAUUCAGAUCCAUUUGUAACAGUCCCAUGUGCCCUCCAGACACUGCCAUGACAGAGUAUCAGCAUUCUGUUUUAUCAUCAGAUAAGAAAAAGCUUGUUUUUGAAACUGUGCAACAGGCACAUGAUGUUCCAUUUGGCUCCUACUUUGAGGUUCAUUGUCGGUGGUGUGCAGAGACCAAUGGUGAAAAUUCAUCUGUUCUAGAUAUAAAAGUGGGUGCACAUUUUAAGAAAUGGUGUGUGAUGCAAUCGAAAAUUAGGGCAGGGGCUAUCAAUGAGUACAAGAAAGAGGUGGAGUUGAUGUUAGACGUUGCGCGCUCAUAUAUCAAGUCGCAUACUGCCAGUGGUGAGACCAAUAACUCCCCAUCCUUACCCUCAGUUAGUCAAGAGAUCAGCUAGCAGCAACAGCUUCUUAAACUUGGGUAAUCAAUUUCCCCUUGAUUUCAUUGUAUAAUUUCUUUUCUUUCUUUUUUUUUUUCAAUAUAUGGAAUGUAAUCUUCAUACGUAGAGCUACCAGGGUUUUUGCAAUGUCCUAAGCGUUAAAUCUUCCUGUAUAAUAUAACCUAACCCGGUCUCCUGUGGAAGGGCCUGUUAUUGUAAUGCAUUUUUCCAUGUAAUGGCAACCUUAAUAUUUCAUUGCAUGGGCACAUUCCACGAAUAUCAUGUGUUUCCUUUUAAUUUAUAUGUAAAUAAAAAUACAUGAUUUCGCUGUGAAA